GGUGUCUGGUCUGUCGCGGUGGCUGGGUGAUCAGAUGAUACCUCUCUGCUCCAUCCCUCCCUGGGCUAUCGCAGUCAUCCUCUGUCUCCUCACCGCCAUCUUCACUGAGUGUGCCAGCAACGUGGCUACCGCUACACUCUUCCUGCCCAUCCUAGCCUCCAUGUCCCAAUCCAUAGGAGUGAACCCACUGUAUGUGAUGGUACCCUGUACCCUCAGUGCCUCCUUUGCCUUCAUGCUCCCUGUCGCCACGCCUCCUAACGCCAUCGUGUUCUCUUAUGGAUACCUGAAGGUGUCAGAUAUGGCUAAGACAGGUAUAGUGAUGAACAUCCUUGGGAUCCUGUGCAUCACUCUGGCCAUUAACAGCUGGGGUAGAGCCAUUUUCAACCUGGACACCUUCCCCUCCUGGGCCAACACCACCGCUAACAUCACUACAGGAGGAUGAGGGGGGGGGGGGGGGGGAUGACCCCCAAAAACACCAUCAUAUGCCCCUGUACUGCAAUACCACUGCUACCGAUGCCAAAAAGGGGAUGAGGGAGGAGGAGACCACUGACAACCCUCACUGGGGCAACAGAGGGCUGGCCAUGGGAACACUGGUUUACUGGUUUAUUAUCAGUGUAUUUUAUACUUAUUAUGUACAGAUAAUAUUAUUAUAUUAUAUGGUAAUGAGGGAGCCUUAGAGAACUCUGAUGAUAAAUAACUUGUAAAAGCCAAGACACGCUGUAAUACUGUAACUUAUAUUUGUAUUAAUAGCAAUAUUGUGAUAUCAAUUGAUAUUAUAUAAAUAUAUUAUCUUACAUAAAAUUACAGUGCCUUUGGAAAGUAUUCAGAACCCUUGACUUUUUCCACAUUUUGUUAUUAC